AUGGUCACCCCUAUGGUGCAGAACGUUCUCCCGCACCGUGACCCUAUGGUCACCCCUAUGGUGCAGAACGUUCACCCGCACCUAACGGCACGACAAGCUGGGAGAAACCUCCUAAACGAGCAACCCAUUGACUCCAUCAGCAAAAGGUUGGACGACAUGCUCUUCAUGCCUUUCUGCUCUCAUAUCAUUCAUUACGAGUCCCCAAGGGGAUUUCUCGUACCAAAAUUCUCCACAUACGAUGGGUCCAGCGACCCCUUCGACCAUAUCAUGCAUUAUCGACAACUCAUGACUCUCGAUAUAGGCAACGACCCGCUGCUAUGCAAGGUAUUCCCCGCCAACCUACAAGGGCAGACCCUCUCAUGGUUUCAUCGCCUACCUCCCAACUCUGUUGAUAAUUUCAGGGACCUAUCGGAAGCCUUCGUGGGACAAUACUUAUACUCCGCUCGACAUAAACAGAACAUCAGCACUCUGCAAAACAUAAAAAUGCAGGAUAACGAAUCCUUAAGGGAGUUCGUGAAACAGUUUGGUCAGGCCGUACUACAGGUAGAGGCUUACAGCAUGAACGCUGUCCUGCAGAUCUUCAAGCAAAGCAUCUGUUCAGGAACCCCAUUUUUCGAAUCACUCGCUAAAAAGCCUCCUACGACGAUGGACGACUUGUUCCGACGUGCGAGCAAAUACUCAAUGCUCGAAGAUGAUGUGCGAGCAGCCACCCAGCAAGUCUUGGUUGCCGGACAGGCAUCCAGAAGGGGUGCCGAAAGAAGUGCCAAACUUUCGGACUGGCCAAGGCCGUCCGAUUGA